AGUGACUUAGAAUCCUCCAGUGAGUGGGAGGAUGGUGGGAGUGCAGCAGUAGACCGGCUCAGUAAAGACACAGUGUACCAGGCCUAUCUGAAGAUGAGACAGCGCUACCACAAGUACAAGGGCCGGUACUCUGAUUUGGCCCGAGCCUACAAAGAGAAGGAGAAAGAAUCAGACAAACUAAGAGACAUAUUAACUAAAACUCAGGAUAAAGCUCUGAGAAAAGUGAGUGAACUAAGAGAACAGUGUACACUAGAACAACAAGCUAAGGCUCAUCUUGAGCAAGAGCUAAGGAGUGACCUAGAGGAGAAAGACCAUAAAAUCAUGGCUCUUCAGACCAAGGUGAGUGGACUACGGGAACAGUGCAUCCUUCAGCAACAGGCCAAAGCCCAUCUGGAAGAAGAACUAAACGCGGACCUUGAGGAACGGGAACUCAAGAUAGCCGCACUCCUGACCAAGGUAAAGAUUCUCCAGGAGGGUGUUGUAGCAGGGGGUAUUGGCGGUACAGAUGCACACAGCCAAACCUCAAAUGACAAUCACUCGUCUGGCAGCCAGCGGGAUGAGCGGCAAGUCAAGAGCCAAGACGAUACUGAUAAUGUUUCAGCUGGUGACAACUCUUCUGGAGUGGAGAGUGUAUCAACAGCUGAGAGUGCUUCCAUGACAGAUAACAAUUCUAUGGCAGAUAAUGUAUCUGUAGCAUCUCAUGGUUCAGCCUCCACAGCAGUUACUGCAAAUGCUGAAGCUGAUGAGCUGAUUGAAAAACUAAAAGCCACAGUGGAAGAGGGAGAGAGAGAAGAAACAAGAUUUUUGUCACGUAUGAGCUAUUAUAGGAGGCUAAGAGAGCUGAAGGAAAUGUUCUUACAACUCCACUUUAUGCUGUGA